AUAGCUGCUUUCUAGGUAGACUAGCUUACUUGGGCGAUUCUGAUCUGACUCUGUGCGAAUGACUGACGAUCUUGUCCUUGGAAAGUCGCAUUUAGCCUCAUAUUUUCACAUUAUAACCUAAAUAUUGGUAUCACAAGAAUUAUUAGAAUUACGACUCCAACUUCUGCGAAGAACAAGAGUUUUAACGUCUUCAAAAUGCUGAAUUCAAAGCCUCUCGCCGCUCUUGCAAUCUGCAUUGUUGCUGUCUCCCUUCACAUUUCCAGUGCACAAACACAGAUCAACAACAUUACAGAAGUCUCACUGAAUGAAACAGUGAUAAAUGCCCAGCUUCCGGAACCCAACGUGGAAGAGGGAAGCUCUGCAUAUUUCUACUGCAACGGGCCAGCUGACACUCGAUGGUACAGAAAGCAGCAGGACAACACUGACAGAGAGAUCGUAACUUCAGACAGAUUCGAAGUUUCGCAUAUUAUAUCUGAGGGUGUCACGUAUGCCAACAUGACAAUCAUGGAUGUAGUCAAGAACGAUUCAGGCGUCUACGUCUGCAAAGAUACUAACGGAAAUUCCUUUGAUGUUAAUUUGAUGGUCUAUGAAGUGAGGGAUGUUGUGAUCAGUCCUGCUGAGCCUGAAUUCAUAGAGGGCAGCAAUCUGCUCUUGAACUGCACCGUGGACGGCACCACGGACCAGACCGUCGCCUGGAGCGUGAAAAAGGCUGAAACCGCAGAGCCACUGCUGGAGGGGGAUGAUGCCAGCCAUGUCCAAGUCUUCAAUAACGGGUCUCUCAUCAUCCGUGUCCUGACGCCAGCUGAUGCUGGAGUCUACAUCUGCACUCAUGAGUUUGACGAGGCUUCCAAGUCUGCUAUGGUCAACGUAGGAGGAGAGAUCACCCUUACAUCCGAAAAGUCAGUCAAGUACACGGAAGGCGACCGUGCCAUGAUCGAGUGCGAAGCCCACGUCAUCACCACCGCUCUGCUGCCCUCGUUCAGCUGGAAGAUCAACGGAAUGGACCUGGAGGAUGCCUGCCCUGAGCGCUGCACCAUCAAGAACACGUCCACCACCCACACCGUCAUCAGCAAGCUGGAGAUCGUCGACAUCACCAUGGAGGACAGGAAGAACUACACCUGCACAGCUACCAACGCAGCCCACCCAGAGGGUGUAUCAAAGGACAUCCUUCUCAGGGUCCGAGAUCGUCUGGCUGCUCUGUGGCCUUUCCUUGGCAUCGUGACCGAGGUAGUCAUCCUGAUCGUCAUCAUCUUCAUCCAUGAGAAGUGCAGCAAGGGAGAGGACUACGGCGAAGACGACGAAGACGACGAUGAACCCAAAAAAGAGAAGAAAAAGAUCGAUGACGGAGACAGCGACAUGAGGAUGCGUUCCUCCAAAGAGUGACAGAACGUCCACCAGCGAAGGACCGCCUGGGAACAGACGGACCCUAGUCCCCCUCAGUAACCAUUUGAACCUCCGACCUUCUAUUUGGAGUACAGAUGGAGCAAUCCAUUGCUUCUCAUUUAUCAAAUUUUGUUUCACUUAACAUCAUAUGUCCAUUUAAAGCCCCUCUGCACUAGUUUGGCCGGGAGGUAUUAGACCUCCCUGCAUGGUCACUGACAGGUGGUUAUCUCAUUAAAUCAGCUCUCAAUUAGCAUUAAAAAAGGGGACCAUGGGGAACUAAUGGUCACCUAUUAGGCAUUGUUUGCUAUAUAGAGGGCGCAAGUAGCUAUAAAUAGUGCAGUGGGGCUUUAAGAUGGAAUUUUGCACCAUGCUAAAACUUUUCAUACCCUAUACAUUAAUGGUCUUAUGCUAUUUCCACGAGGUUGUCUUAGUAUUUAUUACAAAUGUUUUGCUAGUUUAUAUUUUGAUAUUUGAAAUAAAUGCUGUCUAAGUGAUGUUAAAAGAAAAAGACAUUUCAGACAGAGGUUAUACAUUAAUAUUUCAGAUCUUUGAAUUUUUCAAUUUUUACUUUAAUAUAGGUGUACCUUUUUUAAAUCUACUUGAUUCCAUUAAUACCAUUUUGUUUACUUUUUUCUUUGUUACUUUUGAUCGGUGCAUUUACCAUGGGAAAAAGAUGGAUGUCGUUUAAUAUUCUUUUCUUUUUCGGUUGGAGGGUCAUGAUCUCAUCCAAACUUUUUUUCUGUAGCAAUGUUUGUCAACUGUUGGGUGCGAUGAAAAAAAGAACAUCUUUAUCUGCAUUACCUCUCUCCACCCAGGGGUAGAAACAUUGUUACAGGUCAACUAUGUUCAUCUUUAUCCUUAUCUUCAUCGACAACAUUGAAUGUUUAGCUGGAUUAUUAAAAAACUUUAACUUUAAAUUGUUUAUUUUUUAUUGAAUACACCCUGAUAAAUCACCCUUGGGAAAAGAAGCGUAUUUGCUUAUCAUCGUAAAAUUAACGCUUUGCAGUCUUUGAAACAAUGCUUAUUUAUGUGAUAUUUUGAAAUUGAUUUGGUGAGGAAAACUGAUGGCUCAAGUAGUUAUACCCUUGUUAUAGAUAAUGGAUUAUAUUAACUCUUUGUACCUCACAUGGACACGUAGAGUACGUAACCCUUUUUUUUGGUAGUUGUUGGUUUUGUUAUUGUGGGCAUUCGCAGCGAAUAUAGACUAAACAAAUUAUUAUUAUUUUACAAGAGGUGCAAUGAGCAGAAAUAUAUGUUGAGUGUUUUAAAUGUCAAUUAGGAACUGCUUUUAAGUUUGAUGAUGAGUGAAGAGUUUAAAUGUAAAAUCAACAAAAUCAGAGCAAUACACUCAUACUGUUAUUUGGUGUUGUAGAAUCGAGUGAUUUUACACUUUCUAUGCUAGAUGUGUAGUAAAUGACUGUGUACGUGUAUUUCUUUUGCCUCAUGUACAUUCGUAAAACCAACGUGUUGUGAAAAAUUGCCGCUGUACAUUGGUGUGAAAUAUUUUCGUCUAAAAUUGUCUGGAAGUCAUCAAGGAUAUAUUCUGAAAUGACAUUUUUCUUAUUUAAUGUGACUUUUUUUUAUUGCAAUGUCAUAGGACUGUUGGUAAUUAUCACUUUAUAAAUGCAUGAAAUUAGUUUGUAGAAGGUAUGAUUCAUAAAAACUAACACAAUUUAUUUCAGUGGCUAUUGUAAUAAAAAUUGAUACACCUUCAUUAAUAUAAGGAGCUUUGUGUAUGUAGCUCUCAUUUCUUUCUGUAAGUACAAUUCUAUUUCUGUUUUUUUCUUAAAGUUUGUGAGAAUGCACAGUUCGUCGCACUUGUAUAUUACACAAUUUUUAAAAUAGCGAUAUGAUCUAAUUAUUGCAUCAUUCAAAUGCUAAGAGAAGGUCUUAUGUUAUUAGGAUGCAUAUACAUUGUAUAACACAUGAUUGUAAAAGAAUUACAGUGACAUCUUAGUAAUAUUUGAUUUUUCUGAAUUUACAUUUUUGGAAAUCACAUCUCAUUGGGAAUCAUGGAUCUCUUCCAAGUUGUCGUUUGCACUGGAGUGUUUUUGUGCACUGAUUGCCAAUUUCCUGCAAGUUUAUGCUUUUCAGUGUUUUUAUUUGUUCCUUUGUAUUUACUGCCAGAAGUUUGCAUGUUGGAAUAAGCAAUCAGGGGAAUUUUUGAAUGAGUUCUUUUAAAAGUUCCAUUAGCUUAAUGUCGGGUGGUUUGUGAACAAUUUUAUACCCAGGUAUGCGUUGUGUGUGUGUGUGUGUGUACGUGCUAUGAGUAUAUGAGUGGCUGCCGGAUGAUUUUGUUGUCAAAGCGCAAUUAUUGAUAUUAAAGAUGUUCAUGCAUGGAUAUAUAGUCGUUCGUGAAGUAGGCAACUUGGUGAUCACUACAGAGCACUGAGCCAACAGGUAUUACGUCCGUGUGCUGCCCUCUAUAUACCCACGCAUGAGCAACUUUAACAUGUAGACAUGUAGAGGUUGUGUGUAAUGUCAAGAAAAUAUAUGGUAUGUUAAAUGAUCUUUUUUCUAACAGUAUCAACAUUAGGUUUGAAUAGUGGUGAAAAGUUAGCUAUAUAUAUAUCAUGUAUUAUGGUGACCAGCACUUGAUUUAUGUGUAACUUAUACAAAUGUGGAGAGAUUGCCUAUUAUUAACUCAUAUUUGUGUGUGGAAAUUUUAUUAGUCUUCAUGCCCAAUUCAUACAAAUAUGUAGAUUGAUAUAAAGUUAGGUUUUGUUUUGUUUCUCUUUAGAUAUUGUUUUAUUCUUGGGGAAAUCGCCAACCCACCAAUAUAUAGACUGUAGUAAUUACAAGUGUCCAAAAAAGAAAGAUUUUGACAAGUGAGCGACUUGAAGAUUGGCUCACACUCUGCUUUUGCUAAUUAAGAGGCCUGACAGCAUAAAAAUGUGACAAAAGAGAUGAAAACAUGAUAUUUUUUUCGAGGUGUAUUAAUUCUGACCGGCAUUAGCACUGUCUAUAAAGGCCAUUAGACCUUCUGGCCUUUCUGCAGAGGUCGUUCUGUUGAUCUUUGGGUCAAACGAAAAUUGCUAUUGCUUUGACAGAAGUAUGUGAUUUUUAUGUCUUUAUCCCUUGUGACAAAAAUGAAAUCGAUUAAAGACUGCUGUGUUAUAUUAAGCCAACACACCUGUAUAUUGAA